UUUAAAGAGACAAGUUGCUGACCAGUUGCCAUGUGUUAAUUGAUCAAUCCGAUCCUAAUGGACGGUAUCUUGAUAGAAUGAUUGUGAGAGGCGGUCAGUUUUGCUUGGCUACAGAACAAACGAACUCGUCAUCAGCAUGACGUUGCUUAUCUACUGAUUUCAAUAAAUUGCGAAACCUCUUCCACGGGUCACUCGCGUCUUUGAGCUGGAGGCAACGCACAGUCUUGUUCGUUACGUUCACCAUGGCAGAGGAAUACAGUUCGGACGAAUUGCAGGUUCCCGCCUGGUUAAACGAGGAAUUUUUUGCUGAAAUUUUGCAAAAAUCUGAAAACGAUCCAUCGAUUGAGGUCGCGGGUGGUUAUGAGCUACUUCCGGCUACCAAACCCGGCGAUCACUAUGCCAGUGUCAUGUUCCGCACUUGCAUUCGAUAUCGUUCGAAGCGUGAGUCCGACGAACAGGAAAUAAAUCUGAUAAUCAAAAUCCCGGCAGUGGCUGAGGGUUUCAAGAAGGAAGUUGCAAAGGACAAUAUUCUUUUCGUCAAAGAGAUCAAAAUGUACAGCGAGAUUCUUCCGGCUAUGGUGAAGGUGUUGAGCGGUGCUGGUGAACAUCUGGAGGUCGCGAGGUUGAUACAUGCCUCGCUGCAGCCAAAUGUCGUUAUUGUGUUGCAGAGUCUGACGCCCGAUGGCUGGACUCCCGGACGAGAGAGCGUUAAUAGUUUUGAAGAGGCUCUUCCAACUAUACGGAACAUCGCAAAUUUUCACGCUGCUUCGGUUUAUCUCCAUGGGAAGACGAUGGACUUAUCGACGAACAGUGUGAAAGAAAUGCUAGCGGAAGGAGCAGUUCUUUCCCUGUUCACGAAAGGAUUCGAAGAGUUCUGUGAUGCUGUUGAAAAAUGGGAUGGCUGCGAAUCAUUCGUGAAGAAGCUUAAAAUCCUUCUUAGAUCAGUCGGUCAGCGUUUACAAGAUCUGUACACCCCGGAUCUUCUAACCAAGGGCUACAAUGUUCUAAACCACGCUGACUUCACGUGGAAAAACAUAAUGCACAAGAGACAACCGGAUGGGCGCAUCGAAGAUUCGAUGUUGAUCGACUAUCAGGCGUGUCAUUGGGGUUCACCAGCCAUGGACGUUCAUAGUUUACUGGACUUGAUCGUCGAUAAUCGCACUAAGACGAAUUAUCGAAGCAGAAUCCUCUACGAGUAUCACAAACAUUUUGCGACGGUGCUGGAUAAGAUGGGAUAUCUUAAAAACAUUCCCACUCUGGUAGAUCUACAAAUAGAACUCAUCCGUCACGGGUUCCUUGAAGUGUUCCAUGUCGCCGUUUUCGAGAAGUAUAAAUUCAUUGAGCUCACCGAGACGUCGAUGGAUAACUACAACGAAACGAAUCCGGAUGAUCCCUGUUACAGUAAUGAAGAGUACCGCAGGAUUGUUCGUAGUGAAUUACCAUCGUUGCUGAACAGAGGCUUACUGGACUAACAACGGUGAUAACGAAGCUAUUAGUGCAGUUGGACUUGUAUGACUUGGCAGUCUCGGAAAACCGAAAAAGAUUAUUUUAGACUUAGAGUACAAUCCCUUCAAGAGCUGUUUUCUCUGUUCGAAAUCUAAAUAAAUCUAAAUCAUCUAAAUAAAAUUAUGGUGUAAUUGUUUGGCAUUGUCCGGC